AGCCAUCCUUCACGGAACAUGUGUUUAAAAAAGAAGCAAGUCUGAAAUCUGUAGACAAGAGAUUAGAAAGUCAAAUCACAGUUUGGAAGGUGCCAGGGACGUGAGAGCCGAGCAGGAAGGUGGAUUGUUUCUGCAAGGAUGAGCGAGCGUUGCUAGAGAUGAUCUGUGCUGGUCCAGCUGGAGCUGUCUGAAUGAAGCUAUGGGCUGUGCCUCCGCCAAGCAUGUGUCUACUGUUCAAAACGAAGAGGAAACUCAGAAGGGCAAGAACUACCAGAACGGAGAUGUGUUUGGGGAUGAGUAUAGGAUCAAACCAGUGGAAGAGGUCAAAUACAUGAAAAAUGGGGGAGAAGAUGAUCAGAAAAUAGCAGCCAGGAACCAAGAAAACUUGGAAAAAAGUGCCAGUUCAAACACAAGACUCAAAUCUAACAAAGAGAUCCCAGGAUUAGUACAUCAACCCAGAGCAAACAUGCACAUCUCCGAAAGCCAACAAGAAUUCUUCAGAAUGCUUGAUGAAAAAAUUGAAAAGGGUCGUGACUACUGUUCAGAGGAGGAGGAUGUCACAUAGUGCCAGCUCUGCCAGGAGCACCUCCAGUGUAAAUAGAUCCAACCCAGCCUUCUGGAUACAACCUUUGGGACGUUUGCUCCAGUGAACAGCACUCCCUAACAGAAGAAGACCAUUUCCACAUUAUAUGCUCCAUUCAGUUACAGUGUUUCCUAAUGAACACGUGAGGAAUAUUGCUAAGAACUCCUAAGGAACUGUUUUUGUUGCUGCUAGUUAAAACUCGUUGCAACUUCUCACUUUUUUCUGUGUCCAGAUACGCAGCAAAUCCUUAAAAGUUAAUCCAAAAGACCUUGUUGAUUUUAUUGAGGCUUCUGGCCUAUUUUCUAUCAGAUGAGGUAGUGUUAUACCAAACUUCCAUAAGUGAACAUCCAAGCAUCUAAGAAACACCCCUGAGCUGUGUGUCCAUCCGUGCUGGGGCCAGAGUGCUUUUUAGUGCUGGUGAUUCCAAGCUUUGGAGAUGGGAUGUUUUUGCUAUGGCAGGCCUUGUUUCUCAGCUGAGAAGAAGCUGAGAAGCUGUUAUCCUUUAAAAGCAUGUUAUCACUGAAAUACUGGAAGUGAUACAGGAGCAGGAACUUGUAUUUUAAGAGGAAAAAAGUUUCAUUUAAAAGGUAUCUUAAUCAAGGACUAAGCUUGCAGUAUUGGCUUUGCUGAGCACGAAUGGGAGUGUGAUCACAAUCAUUUUGAAUCUCUUUUUUUCUAAGAAAAUAAACAUUUUACUGUUUUUAUGUA